CAGUUUAGCACAAUGAAAGCUGCCCGUUACUUUGCAGCGAAACAUGAUCUCUCUUCUCGCCUUACAUUAUGAUGUCGUAGCGUUUCGCCCGAGCAGCUGAUUUGUGUUUCCUCUUGCAGUUUCUGUCGGUGGAAGUGUUGGAAGGCUGUUGUUGCAGUGCACCCAUCAUCAUGCAUCCGAUCCCUGUGUGCUCCGAUAGCGGUGGAGACAUAUUUGACUGUAUACAGAGAGGAAAUAUUGAACAGUGUAUACAGUUUCUUCAAAAUGACCGAUCUGUUCUCAAGGAGAGAGGCUGGGGUGGGUUCACCCCGCUCCACUACGCAGCCCUCCAUGGUAACCGCGGCCUGGUUGACCUUUUCCUCAGCAAUGGUGCUGACCCCAACCUGACAUGUGAUGCUGGACAGACAGCCUUUCAUUUUGCCUGCAGGCAGGGGAACAUCUAUAUCAUACACCAAAUGGUGCAGUAUGGAGCUGAUUUGCGCCUCAUAGACCUGCAGCAAAAAACAUCACUGCAUCAUGCAGUGACUGGGGGCAGCAUUGUUGCAGUGCAUUAUUUGUGGGAGACAGGAAUGUUUCGGUUCUCAGACACAGACAUGUACCAGGUGACGCCCCUUCACCUGGCAGCUUCUACAGGCAACACAGAGGUGGUCCGGUAUUUGCUCAGAGACAAGAGAUGUGCUGUGCAUGCAGCCGACCAGCAGGGAGCGACAGCGCUUCAUGUUGCAGCAGAGAGAGGCGGAGUGGAGGUGUGCUGGACACUGCUGCAGAAAACAGGAUGCGGGAUGCUCUAUCUGAGGAACCACAGCGGCCUCACACCACUGGACCUCAGCAGACAAGGGAAAACAUUUAGACAUCAGCAACUCACCAAGCUACUGAGUCGGUACAUUAAUGAGCCAAUACACCACAAGCCCACAGAGUCUGAAGCUCUGUAUUACUGGACACUGUUUUUUCCGACCAUAAUGGGAGCUGCUAUCCUGCUGAUAGCAGCCACGUUGGGAGGUUAUGGUGGGUUAGCUUGUGGCUUGCUCUUCCCCUGGCUGGCCAGAAGCAUCUUCACACAGUACCACCGCAUGACCACAUACCAAAGGUUACCAAACCCGAUAUACUUGGGAACCCUCAUUGCCGGCUUGUUCCAUUCCCUGCUCUGCUUCUAUGGAAGAAUGAUGCCUAGUGUGUGGCAAACCAGUGCUCUGGUCCAGGUGUCAAUGGUCCACUUCUCUCUGGUCCUGGGUUUGUUCUGUAAGGUUCUGACUCAGGAUCCUGGGACACUGGACAGAGCAGAUGCAGAUCCUCGCUUCUCCUGUAUUGCUGACCUGGUGGAGAAAAACCAGAGCCCUCACAGGUUCUGCCCAUACUGUGAGCUGUUUGCGCCCGACUACACUAAACACUGCAAGCUGUGUGAUGUGUGCGUUAAAGACUACGACCACCACUGCCUUUUCCUCAACCGGUGUGUCGGUCGGGGUAACCACCGCCUCUUCAUCUCCUUCAUCCUCUCCAUGGCGACUGCCCACAUCCUCUUUAUCGCCACAGCAGGAAGUUUCCUGCGUGAUAGGAUGUAUUUCGUUACUCUCAGCUGGUCAGUGUGGCUCUUGUUGUUCGGGGAGGAGUUCUGGGUUGUGGCCAUGACCGUUUUGAAUAUGCUGACGCUGCUCUGGGAGGUGUGGCUACUGAUAGAGCAGUUCGAUGCCAUCGCAACAGGAACAACCACCUACUUCAGACAGUGCGAGAGCUCAGCUCGGCAGAGGUCACUCGCACAGCGCUGGGUUAUUGUGCUGUCGUUCCUGCUGGAGGGUCGAAAACGGGUGGGCAGUGGACAAAAAGAGGACCAAACUUCAAUAGACAUUUAAAACCGUCCGUGUGUCUUGUCUGCGUCUCCUGAUUGUUACAUAUUCCACUUGCUUCUGAGUUUACAGAGUCUUUGGUGUGCACUCAACCUUGUGAUAAUGUCCCCUUUAGAUCCAGUAACCCUCCAAUGCCAUUUAACAUGUUGUACUUGAAUGCAAAAUAUGAAUAUAUCUCAAUAUUCUAUUUUAAUAAAGAGUAGAUUCAUCAUCACAUCUCGCAGGAUAGCUACCACUAACAGUAUAGAUGUUCACCUAGUUUUUAGAAAUCUCACCGAAAACUUUUAAGAUAACAGUGUUCUGAUGUACCCACUGGUUUACAUUGUUCUGUGUAAAGUAUUCGAUAUUUCCCAAACUGUGUUUUAGCAGGAAGCGCCACAGAAUGAAUGCUUACAUUUACACAUUUUUAUAUUCCUUAUCAGCAACGUUUUUUUUUUUUU